AUGAGUGCUAACGAGUGCAGUGUCAGCGACGAAAACUUGGGUCUAGAGCCGUCAACAGUAGAUACCUUGCUGUCAGAAAUUGAGAGGGAGAUACCUGUGAUUGCCAAAAGACAACUUCCGCUGCAUGAAAUAGGCGACGAAACCAUGGAUAAAAUUGUUAGCUAUAAUACGCGGUCAAAUUCGAAUUUGAGCUCGAGCACCAGUGGGGAAGGUGACGACUGUGAUUUGACAGAGCAGCCACUCUCGAGUUCUCAGAAUCGUAAGUCAGUGAUGUUCAGUGAUAAGUUUGAGCUUCACGAAUAUUCCAGCAUAGAGAUCUCAGCAGUGAACAACCAGCCCAAUGACACUGGCAAGACGAACGUGGCCUGGGACCAUUCUUCUCUGCCAAAAGCUAAUCCAACAGCAACUGCGGCGUUUUCAAGCAAACGGGACUCACAACAAGACGACCAGGACGACUCGUCCAGCAAUGGCUCCGAGAGGUCCUUGCUGCUAACAGAGGAAGAGCUGAAAUCCAAUUCCGUCACUAAUCUCUAUGACAAGCUCGAUCUCGUGCUAGGAAACAAGCCAGGGUCUCCCAACGUUCCCAAACUAAAGGAAAUGAUCAACCAUGUCGACCAAUUGGCGUUCGAUUCGUCCAAGGACCGCACAAUGGAUACACAACCGCUAAGAAUCACUUUUGAGUCCACGCCACCUUUGAAUGGUAAUAGUGCGCAGCACCAGUUGCUGGAAUAUGAAAUACAAUCUCAGGACUCCGACGAAGAAGUAUUCCCGCAAGUUCAACAUUCCCCUUCCAAGAUCCCCACCACGAAUACUAUUCGCAUAAACAGGCUGGCCAAUUCUGAGUCUGAGGGUAUCUCAGGACCAAGCAGAGUUUCCUCCGGCUCUUCCAUGGACGAGAGCGUUACUGAUUUGGAGACCACAAUGAGACAGGAUAAAUUUAACUUUCUCCGGACAUCUAUACCACACACUGCAUCUGGUGCGCCGCCCGUGGUCUCCGAGUUUCACAUGUCAAACCGCAGUUUGGAGCUACGCGAAGCUUCCUGCAACGACUCUCGGGUCUUUAGCAUGGCAACAACAGCGGAUGAAUUUCAAUCAGCGAGGGAAAGUACAAGCAGCUCAUGGUCUACCGACGAGUCCCAAGGGUUCCAGGCAAUCGAAGACCUUCAAAUAUCUCAGGGUCUGGUACGAGAGGAAGAAACCUUGAAAAAUAUCAAUGAAAUAACAACUUUGGAUGAGUAUAGACGCAAAGAUCUCUCCGAUAGUAUCUAUUCAAAGGGUUUAAGAUUGCCUACACCAUUGUCUGAUAUUUUUAAUGAGGAUUUAGUUAAAUCACCAUCAUCUUCGACCGUCAAUGUCUCUGCUCUCCAGGAAGCUAACUACAACCAAUCGACUGGAAAUGACACUUUUGAUGACAAGCAAGUGGGAAAUCAAUCGAUUGGAAGUGAAAUAAUUGAUGAAAAGCAGGCGAACAUACCGGACUCAAACUACAAUGAGGCCAACGACAAAGAAAAUGAUAAUUCGGAGUUAGCAGUUGGUGGAGAACCAGAAGAGUGUGCUCAAGGGCCAAACGAUGUCACAAAGAAUGAUGAGGAAACCGAGUCUAUAAGCGUGGACGACAAGUCAGAGGCAAUUGAGGAAAUCCACACCGAAGAAAAAGUGGCUCUCAACGAAGAACAGGUCACAGAAGACUUGCUGAAAGAAACCCGAAUUAUUUCAAACAAUCUCGGCAAUUUGUUUGACGAUGAUGCUGUAUUCGCAGACAUUGGCGAUACCUCGCAGGAUUCUGUCGACAUCACCUAUGCCCUCAAGCCAACUUACCUCUCCAUAUGGCACUCCCAAGAAGGCUCAAUAAAGACAUCUCCGACGAUUUCAUCCAACUCACAGUUUUCACAUCAGUCCAAUACAACAGGCGAGUCUUCCAACUCUGUUCAAUCAAACUUCAAACUCAAGCCACGCAUUGUCAGCCGGAGUAAAAUCUAUUAUCCUCGCACAAGAAAGCGUCAAGAUUCAAAAACACUACUUCCUUUUUCCUCUCAAGACAACAGCUCAAAUGCAUUGGACCCACGUCGCUCUCAAUGGCUCCAACGAGUACGACCAAAUACUUUCAGCCAGGAGUCGCACCAAAAGCAAGUUCCUUCGAUUGCCCGUAUCGCUUUAGCUUAUGACGAAACGGAAGCCAAGAAGCACAGGGAUUCCGAAGGCGAAAGUCAAACUGCUGUACCUGAGCGAGAGGAAAAUUUGGACUGUGAACUUGCAAUGUCAAAUGACGUAGCGGAACACUCUAUGACAGGCAUUGGAAACAGCAGAAAAAGUUCACAAGUCUUUGAUACUUCUUUGGAGAUCCCUAAAGCGUUAGGUGAGGGUCUAGAUUUGUUAGAAGAUUUUGAUGACCUUUUGAAAACAUUGAGUUCCGACAAUAUGUCUUUUAAAGGACCUACCGGCCAACGAAAGGGAAAUCCAGUGGUGUACCACAUUUGGGGAGAAGAUAACUACCAGAAUGCCGCUGAGCUUUCUUUUGGUGAAGACGACAUCGAUGCAAGGACUACUGAGAAAGUACUCAAUGAUAAAAUUUUAACCAAACUUCUAAGCUUCGAUUCGAAGGCCGAGCAAGAGGAGCCCGAACAAUCCAAAAAAAUCGGUUUAGGCAUUUUGAAGACCGCCGACAGCGACGUAGCUGUCUACCAGUGUGACAGCUUCAAGGGUUUUGAGGUCGUCAGAUCGGCGUCCACGGAAAGUUUUGAGCAAUUCCAGGGUACACAAUCGCCCUCGCCUGUAAAGUCUACACAUGUGGAAAGCCCUUUCAAAGCUGUAAGGGCAAAAAAGCUUGAUUGCGCAUGGGGCGAGUCAAUGGAGGCUGCAGCACCACUUAAAAUGGAUCUCGAACCCGAGAUGCUACAAACUGCCUUGGAGCCCACCCGUCGCUCAUCCAUAAAGAGUGCUGGCAUUUUCGAAAAGAGUGACGGUCAUGAAGUGAGGGACUAUGGAAAGCUCUACAUCUUGGUCAAGUCGAUUAAAAACCUCACGCUUGAUGAUAUUGCACGUCACAAGGCCGAGAUUGCCAUAGAAUUUGAUAACGGGAUCAAUGUUGUACAGACGCCUUGGACACAUUUAGACAAGGACUCUUUAGAAUUGAACGAAGAAUAUGAGCUCGUUAUGAAAAACAUAACGCCGACUGUUUCCGCCCAAAUAACUUUGAAAUGCAGAUAUCAAAAGCCUUCCUCGCGUCUUGUUGAAGUCGUGGAGCGCAUUCCUAUCAAAAAGAAGUUCCCGUUUGGUAAACCCAAGUAUACUUUACAGAAGAAAUUCGUCCAGCAGAAAAUUGAUGUGGACAAUUGGGAUUACACGUUUGCGCAGGAUGGUUCAUUUGCUCGUUGCAAGUUGCCUUUGGAUAAGGAAACUCUUGAACAAUAUUCGUUUAGACGCAAAGACUUCUCUUUUCCACUUUACAAUGAGUGGGGCAGGGAACACUCCGAGGUAGACCCUAAAAAAGACGUUCAUACUCUUCCUCGAAAAUCGGCAUAUCAAAUUGGUGAGCUAAACCUUGAGAUGUGCUUUCUUUCCAGAACCUCGGAUCUUGAAAAGUUUCCAAAGACGCUUAAAUUGGCGCAAGGCGUAGUGGAUAAGUUCGCUGAACAGCAAAAAAUCAGCUUCGAAGGAUUUUUGUGGCAGGAAGGCGGUGACGUCGAUGGUUUGCUGCGGAAACGGUGGUUUGUCCUGAAGGGAACGCAGCUUAUCGCGCACCAUGAAAUAACGCGAAAACCCCAAGCUUUGAUUAAUCUCUUGAAAGUGGUUAGCGUUGUAGGAGAAGGGCAGCUUACCGAGGAGGCUGCUAAAAAAGUGAGAAACUUUACAGACAUGGUACUUUUCAGUGAAUGCUUCAAGCUGAUAUUUGAAAAUGGAGAAAUCAUAAAUCUAGAUGCCGAGUCUACGGAACUUAAAGCCAACUGGACUAAUCUGAUAACACGCGUAGUUGAGCUGAACAAGUUUCAUCAACCAUGGGUGAAGCAUGUGUUGAACAACAAACUUCUGAACCUUUAA